AUGGGUUCUCUCGGCUCACUGCCCGCUAUGAAGAGCGAGCCAAAGGUCAUCUUCUUCACCGAUUUUGACGGCACCAUCACGCUGCAAGAUAGCAAUGACCACUUGACCGACCACCUCGGGUUUGGCGCCAUCGAACGAAGUGCAAGAAAUGCCGCUAUCCUUGAGGGCAGGAUGACUUUCCGGGAUGGCUUCCGGGAGAUGCUUGAUAGCAUUGAUACCCCCUUUAAUGAAUGUGUCGACUUUCUCUGCCAGAGAGUCACCCUCGAUCCGCACUUCACCGCAUUUUACAGGUGGGCCAAGGAGAACAACGUUCCCGUUGUUGUACUUUCAUCCGGCAUGGUUCCGAUUAUCCAUGCUCUCUUUGUGAAGCUGCUCGGACACGAGCCUGAGAACAUCCAGAUCGUUGCCAACCAGGUUGCCAGCAGAGACGGAAAAGAUAUCAACUCCAACGGCGGAUGGCAGAUUGACUUCCAUGACGAUAGCCACUUUGGCCACGACAAGUCUUUGGAAAUUCGCCCAUACGCCGCAAUACCCAAGUCAGAGCGCCCAAUCCUCCUUUAUGCCGGAGACGGGGUGUCAGAUAUCUCUGCUGCUCGUCAGACGGAUCUUCUCUUCGCUAAGAAAGGCCACGACCUGACAAUUAUAUGUAAACGGGAUGAUAUCCCGUACACUACUUUCGAGGACUGGUCUACCAUCUUAUCCACUACUAAAGAGCUCCUUGAGGGAAAGACGACGCUGGAUGGUGUAAUCGCUGCACAGAAGCGCGAUAACAACUAG